GCGGGCUGGGGUGGCCAUGGCACGGGCGCUUCCCCUCUGAGAGCCCGGGCCGCGGGCGGAGCCGCAGAAAUGACGGUGGAGUUCGAGGAGUGCAUUAAGGACUCGCCCCGAUUCAGGGCAACCAUAGAUGAGGUGGAAACAGAUGUGGUGGAGAUAGAGGCGAAACUGGACAAGCUGGUCAAACUCUGUAGUGGGAUGAUUGAGGCUGGCAAGGUCUACAUCACCACCAACAAACACUUUGUCAGUGGGGUCCGGGACCUGUCGCAGCAAUGCCGCAAUGAUGAGGUGGUCUCGGAAUGUCUACAGAAGUUUGGAGAUAGCCUUCAGGAAAUGAUCAACUACCACAUGAUCCUGUUUGACCAGGCCCAGCGGUCAGUGCGGCAGCAACUCCACAAUUUUGUCAAAGAUGACGUUAGGAAAUUCAAAGAAACAAAGAAACAAUUUGACAAGGUCCGAGAGGACAUGGAGAUGUCUCUGGUGAAGAAUGCGCAGGCCCCGCGGCAUCGGCCACAUGAGGUUGAGGAGGCCACUGGAGCAUUGACCCUCACCCGCAAAUGCUUCCGCCACUUGGCUCUGGAUUAUGUGCUCCAGAUCAACGUCCUUCAGGCCAAGAAGAAGUUUGAGAUCUUAGAUGCGAUGCUGUCUUUUAUGCAUGCGCAGUACGCCUUCUUCCAGCAGGGUUACAGCCUCUUACACCAGCUGGACCCCUACAUGAAGAAGCUGGCCGCAGAGCUGGACCAGCUAGUUAUCGACUCCGCCGUGGAGAAGCGGGAGAUGGAGAGGAAACAUGCCCUGAUACAGCAGAGGACUUUGCUGCAGGACUUCUCCUAUGAUGAAUCCAAGGUGGAGUUUGACGUAGAUGCUCCCAAUGGCGUGGUCAUGGAGGGAUACCUCUUCAAGAGAGCCAGCAAUGCCUUUAAGACAUGGAAUCGGAGAUGGUUCUCCAUCCAGAAUAGCCAACUGGUCUACCAGAAGAAACUUAAGGAUGGGUUGACUGUGGUGGUUGAUGAUCUCCGGCUCUGCACUGUGAAGCCGUGUGAGGACAUAGAGAGGAGGUUUUGCUUCGAGGUGGUCUCUCCUACAAAGAGCUGCAUGCUACAGGCUGACUCAGAGAAGCUUCGCCAGGCCUGGGUUCAGGCAGUCCAGGCCAGCAUUGCCUCGGCUUACCGGGAAAGCCCCGACAGUUACUACAUCGAGAGACUGGACCGAACAGCAUCCCCAUCCACCAGCAGCAUCGACUCCGCCCCGGACACCAGGGAUCGAAGCAGCAAGGGGGAGGGCAUCCUCCAGCGGGUGCAAAGUGUGGCGGGCAACGGUCAGUGUUGUGACUGUGGGCAGCCUGACCCCCGCUGGGCCAGCAUCAACCUAGGUAUCCUGCUGUGCAUCGAGUGCUCGGGCAUCCACAGGAGUCUGGGGGUCCACUGCUCCAAGGUCCGGUCCCUGACACUGGACUCAUGGGAGCCAGAGCUGCUGAAGCUGAUGUGUGAGCUUGGGAAUAGCACUGUGAACCAGAUCUAUGAGGCUCAGUGUGAGGAACUGGGGCUCCAGAAGCCAACAGCCUCCAGUCCCAGGCAAGACAAGGAAGCUUGGAUCAAGGUCAAAUAUGUAGAGAGAAAGUUCCUGAAGAAGCUUCCAGGGGCUGGGGCUGAAGCCAUUGAGACGGCUGGUGGGGGAGAGGCCAAGCCCCGGCGAUGGAGCAUGAAGAAAUGUCGACGGCACCAGAGUUCUCCCCGCGUCCCCAGGAUGCGACGCCAGCUUCGGCAAGAGCCUGCCACCAUCUCCCCCGCAGUGCUGUCAUCAGCCAGCACUUUGGAACGGAAAUUUCGACGUGACUCUCUCUUCUGUCCAGAUGAGCUGGACUCACUCUUCUCCUACUUUGACACAGGAGCAGUUGGGGCAGGACCAAGAAGUCUGAGCAGCGACAGCGGCCUCGGUGGCAGCACAGACGGGAGCUCGGACAUCCUGGUCUUUGGCUCUGUGGUAGACAGUGUCAUGGAAGAAGAAGGUGAAGAGUCUGAAGGCUCCAGUGCUGAGGGUGACCGUGAGACCUGGGACCCCGAGGACAGUCGAGAACUGCACCCAGGGCUGCUGGCCUACCGGGCGGCUCGAGCCAGAAAUCUGCCCGUCCUGGCGGAGGCCCUGGCCCAUGGCGCCGAGGUGAAUUGGGUCAAUGAGGAGGAUGAGAGCAAGACACCGCUGAUCCAGGCAGUGCUGGGGGGUUCCUUGAUCAUCUGUGAAUUCCUUCUCCAAAACGGGGCCGACGUGAACCAAAGAGACAGCCGGGGGCGGGCACCCCUCCAUCACGCCACCUACCUGGGUCAUACGGGACAGGUCUGUCUGUUUCUAAAGCGUGGGGCUGACCAGCACGCAUUGGAUGAAGACCAGCAGGACCCGCUGGCCAUAGCCGUCCAGGCUGCCAAUGCUGAUAUUGUUACUCUGCUUCGGCUGGCUCGGAUGAAUGAGGAGAUGAGGGCAGCUGAGGGACCCCUUGGACAACCAGGUGAUACCACCUAUCUGGACAUCUUCUGGGAAUUCUCCCACAUGGCGUCCCACCACCCAGAGAAACUCAACCGGCAGAGCCUCCAUGUCAGCCCCUCAGCCCAAUAGCCUCUCCCUUCUCUUCAGGGGCUGAGCUGGGCCUUCAGCCUGAGCUUGAACUGUCCCUGCCUGGUUUUAGAAAUACAGGGGGCAGGAGUGCUCAUCCUUUUAGGGGAGGAAAAGGGGAGAUAGUCUGUCUAUAACGUGCCUGUCUCCAGGAUUUGUCUGCUAGCCUGGAGACAGAGGAAGAGGGGAGAGAAUUUGGGGCUCAGCUGGACUGAGUCUGAGAUGUUUGCCCCUCUGCUUGCUAAUGGGUCCCAUAGGGAGGGGAGUGGGACCCUAAGGGGGAGCAGAUGGGCUUGAUCUUGUUUUUCUUAGGGCUGGACAAGAUCCCUCCACCCUAGUUAGUGAACAUCAGAAGUGGGGCUUUCUCUCCUCUGGACCCAUGUCUCUUCCGAGCCUCGCAGACUCUAAGGCCUAGGUUCCCCUAGUCUUCUGCCAGGGGGCUAAAACUCUCUCACCCAUGUGUUAGGAGAUUGCUGCCCUCAUAGCCCCUGCUCAGGAGCAUUUCAGCAGAGCUCAGUCUCAUGUCCUAUACCCAUUGUUCAAGUAUCUUUGUCCUAGUGAGUAGUUCAGGGGAACCAGGGACCUAUCAUGUUAUCCAAUCCCUUUUUGAGCCUGAGUGGCUGGUCCACUCCCAUAUAACCAGGAUCAACACCCUGCUGCCCAACCACCCAAUUUGUGCCCUUACCCUAAUGGACAAGGCUUGGGGAGGAGAGGUCAGUGCCUCAUCCCUAAUAAAGCCAAGGACAGAGAAGCAGGACCUUGUGAUCAUGUGUCUGGGGCUCAACCCUGACCGGGAGGCUAGAAGACUAGCCACAGGCUAGGGCUCCUCCUGGGGGCUCCAGCACCAACCAUUGUGUGGCCCUUCCCCCAACUCAGGAUUCCCGCUCAGCCCGAAGGAGCCUGGGUUCUCCCACCCCAUUAGCACCCCCCACCCCGUACCUGGUCCCUGGGCUGCAGUCCAUCUUCCCAUACCCAUUCCCUCCCUGCCCUAAAUUGCUGUGAACACAGGGAAAAUGCCAACAUGUUUUAAUGCCCGCUCAAGGCGGAGAGAUGGGAAAUCCGCUGCAAAGGGGGCUCGGUGCGCCAGCACUCAUGGGGGAGUUUUCUGCACUAGAGCUUUCUCUUGGCACGUCCUUAGCAGGGGGUAUUGGGGAUCAGGGAGGAUAGCGCUGGGCUCAGCAAAAGGGACGGGGGCCAUAGCAGGGGGCUUCUGGGAAGCUCUGGAGCCGAGGGUUGUACAUGGGCAGGUAUUUUCGGAAACAUUUGGCCAUCUUGUUGUCGCACUCACACGUCAUUUUCUCGCAGCGGUCCCGAGUCUUCACUGUGGAGUUUGGAGUUGGGGGAGAGAGGGGGGAUGAGAUCGAGGGAUCACCCAGGGCCCUUUCUUCUGCCCUUUGUUAAUGGCUACAUGGCUACCCCCAACAUACAUUCUCCAUCCCUCACCCCCAGUCCUCUUUAUGGAGAAGGUCACUGGACAGAAGGAAGGAGCCUGGUAUAGCAUAGACCUGAGAAAGUGGGCCACUGACAAUCUCACUCUGAGCCGCCCUCCCCCCUCGGUUCCUAGAUUGCAUCUCUGCCUCUUCCUCUUCCUAACCCCCAACCUGGGGUUAAGCUCUAGAACUCACCACACUUCACCUUGGUUCCCAGGUUAAGGUAUCUGUAGGUGUGAGUGCCAGGGGUGCAGCCAAACACCUCUGCUUUAUUGUAACAGCAGUCAUGACUGUGACAACACCUGCCGUGGGGGAAGAGAAAAUGAUCUUGGAGUCUUAGCGGAUUGCACAUUCAAUAUGAGUCCACAGUGGGAUUAUGGGAGCCAAAAUAAACGAAUGAAACCUUA